GGUAUUGUGGGUAGGAAACACGUGGUAAGAAGAGGGGAAGCUGGCGGAAGAGGUUCCCAGCGCCAGGAGGAUUGUACACACGCAGCGGGUUCUGAACUAGAUUGGAUUAUUUUUUUCUGCAACUGUGUGUUUUAUUAAAAUCCCUGAAGAUGGCGUCGAAAGAAGGACUCUCCUCUGACCAGCGAUUUAGCCGGGUCACAAAGGAUCCCAGAUUUUGGGAAAUGCCCGAAAAGGACAAGAAAAUUAAAAUUGAUAAGCGUUUUCAUGCAAUGUUCCACGACAAGAAGUUUAGUCUGAAACACACAGUGGAUAAGCGGGGACGGACGAUUAACCGCAAUACAGCUGAGGACUUGAAGCGUUUCUAUGAUCUAUCUGAUUCCGACGAUGGUGCGUCAGCCAAUAGAGAAACGGCUUUACAGACCAAAAAAACGAAACAAAAAGCAAAAUUGAAGAAAAAAGUUGAACCAGAGUCCAACGAGAUAUUUAAAACUAAACAGAAGGAAGAAAAAAAAACUCGGUCGCCUGAUGAGACAAAUGACAGUAAUGAUAACGAAAAUCUAAAGGUGAAAGGGAGGAAACUACCCAAGGAAAUAAAACUGGGAAAGGGUGAAUGUCUGAAGAUGACGAAACAGAAACCAGCCACCAACAUCCCUCUAAAAGCGAAUAAAAAACCUGUAGAGGUGAUGGCACAAGACGAAUCUGAAGAAGAGUCAGGCGUUGAAGAUGAGAGUGAAGAGGACAGCAAUGACGAGAUCGAUUCUGAAGAGGAAGCUUCUGAAGGAACUGACAUGAGCCUGGAAGAGGAGGGCAGCGAUGAAGAAAGUGAGGAGGAUGAGACUCAAAGUGAGAACUCGGGAGAGUCUGAGGAAGAUAAAGUUUCUGGUGAAGAGGAAGAUAGCGACAGUGGUCCUGAUCUUGCUCGCGGUAAAGGAAACAUUGAAACAAGCUCUGAGGAUGAAGAUGAAGAGGCUGAUGAGGACAUAGUUGACAUAUCCGGAAAAGAUCCUGAGAUUGAACAUGCCUGGAGGGAAAUGGACAAAGAUGCCCCACGUGGGGACCAGGUAACCAGACGACUGGCCAUUUGUAACAUGGACUGGGAUAGGCUUAAAGCUAAAGAUCUGCUUGCUCUGUUAAACUCCUUUAAACCUAAAGGGGGGAUUGUUUUCUCUGUGAAGAUUUACCCCUCGGAGUUUGGAAAGGAAAGACUGAAGGCGGAAGAACUCCAUGGACCUGUGGAGCUGAAAAACAUUUCUGAAGAGGACGCAGCAGAACAAGGAGUUAUUAAGGAGAAAUUGCGUGACUACCAAUUCAAACGCCUCAAGUACUUCUAUGCUGUGGUAGAAUGUGACACUCCAGAGACGGCCAAUAAAAUCUAUGAAGAAUGUGACGGGCUGGAGUUUGAAAGCAGCUGUUCUUUUGUGGAUCUGAGGUUCAUCCCAGACAAUGUGCAGUUUGAUGAUGAACCAAAAGACACUGCCGUGGAUGUGGACCUCUCUGCUUACAAGCCAAAGUUGUUCACUUCUGCUGCAAUGGUCACAUCCAAGAUAGAGCUGACUUGGGAUGAGACUGAUCAGGAUAGGAUUACAACAUUAAACAGACCCUUCAACAAAAAAGAGGUACUUGACAUGGAUUUUCAAGCAUAUUUAGCAUCUUCCAGUGAUGAGGAGGAAGAGGAAAUUCUGCCAGAUAAUGAAAGUGCUGCAGCGGAUGGAACCACAAAGACUAAAAAAGGACCAAAGGACGAUGAAGAACAAAUCGCUCAUUACAGGGAGCUGCUUAAAAGCAUCCAGGAAAAAGAGAAAAAGCAGCAGGACAAGGAUCUGGGGAUGGAAGUAAAGUGGGUGCCAGGACUAAAGGAAAGUGCAGAAAAGAUGGUCAAAAAUAAACUAGAGGGAAAGGACAAACUGACCCCAUGGGAAAAAUACCUGCAGAAACAGAAAGACAAGAGGAAAAUGAAAAGGAAAAAGGGAGGCGUGGAAGAAACAAAUGAAGAUGACAAUGUUCCGUCUGAUGUUGAUUUCAAUGAUCCAUACUUCUCUGAAGAGCUUAAGAAGCCAGGUCUGAAGCAGAAAUCUGCAAGGGGUAAGAAAGAGGAAGAGCAGGUGUCAUCUGGAGGUGAAGAAGAGAGCGAGAAACAGAAAGCGGAGAUUGCGCUGCUGAUGAUGGAUGAUGUUGAGGACGACCGGAAACAUUUCAACUAUGAUUCAAUUGUUGAGCAGCAAAAUCUGAGUCGCAGGAAGAAAAAGAAGCUGAAGAAUAAGGAAGAAUUAGUGUCCGAUAACUUCCAGAUAAACGUUGAAGAUUCAAGAUUUCAAGCGUUGUACACGUCACAUUUAUACAACGUGGACCCUUCGGAUCCCAACUUCAAGAAAACCAAAGCAAUGGAACGAGUGUUGGAAGAAAAAGCUCGAAGAAGAGUACAAGAGCAGAAGACUUACACAGAGACCGUAAAGAAACACGAGGCAAAACUGGGGACUGCUAAUAAAACAGGGACACCGGCUGUAAAAACGGUAGACCCAGCUCUCUCUCAGCUACUGAAAUCUGUGAAGAACAAAACCCAGCAAUUCCAAGCUUCGAAAAAGCAGAAGACAAAAUAGCUGCUGUUACUCUGACCUGCAUAUGGGUGGCGUGGUGUCUGUGAGACCGGGAGGCGAAUACUGGACAUAAGAUGUGGCUGAUCAGCAUACACAGAGAUGUCUGAUGAACUUUAAUAAAUCUUAUUAUUAUUCAAAAUGGUCUCUUGCAUUGGCAAUCAAGUAAGGAGCCCAGGAUCUUUAAGGAAAAAUAUACAAUAUUUUAAUGAUUAAAAUCCAUUUUCACUUU